AUGCAUUUUCCAUUGAAAAGUGCUCCACGUCAACUCCAAAAAAUGCUCUCUUCGAAAUCCGCUCUCUUUGUAAUUUUGGCCACCUGCAGCAUCGUCGCCAUUUCUGAAGCCAUUAACUGCUAUCAACAAAACGUUGGCAUCCCGAAAGCCAAAGUUAUCCGCAACCAACUCUCCUGCUUCGCAAUGUUCUACCCAAGCGAGCAGAUCUCGUCAUUCGGAGGAAUCGCCAACAUCCCCCAGAACCAGCACAGAAAACAAGAGCUCGCCAAAGCCGACGGCACGUGCCAAAGAAUGGAGAAAACCUUGUUGGACAAAACCCGCCCAGCUACCUUCGCAGAUACGUACAUCUGCCAUUGUUCGCAGCCGCUCUGCAACUAUCCUAGAAGCAUCGAGGACUUCGAAAACGCUGGAUACAAGCUCCCGGAUCAAGACUGAACAAUUCGAAUUCCACCAAUGCCAGCUCCAAACAACCUCCGAACAAUCUACUUCAUGAUCUCCCCUAUCCUUUUCUGAUCCUCCUGAUUCUCCUGACCUCUCCUCCUUGUUCCCAAUCUACCUAUCAUUUUCCUUUGAUUUCCCAUUCUUCCACUUUAUUCUUCGAAAUAUCAAUAAAUUUGUGUGUUGAAC